AAAUACUGUAAUUAAUGGACUGUUCCGUUACGAAUCCAACAUCCAAUAGGUUCACGAGAUUUCCUUAACAUCUUCCUUUCCGCUAACUAAAAUUCAGCCAUUAACCGGCAUUUCAGGUCAACGGGUGUUAACUUUUUUUAAACAAAAUGAAUGCAGAAUCGCAGUGGCCUGAUAUUUACAGUGACCCAGGGGCCGAAGAAUUCCGUAAACUUUUUGUUGGAGGUUUAGAUGCAAAGACCACUGAAGAAACCUUAAAAGACUACUUCUCGAGCUAUGGAACAAUUGAAACUUGUGAAAUUAUGAAGGAUAGAAGCACACCACCAAAGUCAAAGGGCUUUGGGUUCAUCACAUUCAAGAACGCAGAUGACCUUGAUGAGAUUCAAAAGAACCGUCCUCAUGAGAUUGACGGCAGGAAAAUAGAAACAAAGCGUGCAACACCCAAGCAACAACAAUACUGGGCAACAAAGAAGUUGUACAUCAAAGAUUUUCCUAAGGAUCAGAAAGAAGAAGACCUCAUCGAGGACAUGAAAGAAACAUUUGGUCGCUACGGUGAAAUUGUCAACAUUAAACUGAUCAAGGAGAAAGAUUCAAAGGAAGGUUCCUUGAAGGGCUUUGGUUUUAUCGAGUUCACCGAGGAAGAUCCAGUAGAUAAAUGCAACUUAAUGAGAAAAUUCAAGAUUCGAGGCUGUGAUGCCCAUGUUUCUAAAGCAUACCCUCAGGAAAAGAACUACCAAGGAGGCCGCGGAGGACGUGGAUAUGGUUACUAUGGUGAUUAUGACAUGUACCCACCAUUUGAUUUCUAUGGCUACCAGCCACGCCCAUAUGGACGUCAGUAUGGCGGCAGAGGGGAUUAUGGAGGUUACGGUGGAUAUGACUUUUACCAGAAUCGUGGUUAUUCCCGAGGUGGCGGUGGCGGCCGCCCAUACAGAGGGGGCAGGUUUUAGAAACGUACAUCAAGACCAGUUUUUUGUUAACACGUGGUCACUGUUGUUAAAUUUUCAAAGCGGAUUUCAUCAAAAUAUUGAAAAGAACCUGUGACAAAGUUUUCUCUUCAAAAGACUGAAUAAAAAAGAUAAUAAAUAACAAACAAAACAAAAAAAGAAUCGGACCUUAAAAAGUUUUUUCACUCAAUUAUUGUUCAUCUUGGAAAGCAUACAGAUUUAUCGUAGAAAUAAAGCGUAAACGUUCCACCGUACAGGAAAGAUCUGUCUCUCGUUCAGGGAAUCGAUGUAAAAGUGUUGAGUUAAAAUCGUGUUGCCAGUGUUUCUGAUAUAAAGUGUUCAUCAUCAGACAGGGAGGACUCUUUCCAUCCUUUUUUUUAUCAUCAUCAUUUGAUUUUAAUCAUCGUCGUCGUCGUCAUCAUCUUCAUCAUCACCACCAUCACGAGUGUCUGAGACGUUUAUAGAGAUUAAUGAUUGUUUUUAUGAAUUAAUCUCGACGUUUUAUAACAAUGGCAGCUUUAAGCAGUCAUUUACUAAUUUUGUAUGUUUUUUUGCAUCCCCUUUCAUGUGCAAGGGGUUUUGGGUUUGAUUUAGUACUGUUCUAGCCGCCUUUGUGUUCCACAUUUUCAAUCUCAUGUGCAAGUGAAUGGAAUAGUACUGAGUCAAACCAAUGAAAAUGAUAUUUUUUUUUUAUUUUUUCGGCAUUAUUGAAAUAGUGCUGUCUAGUUUGCUCUAUUUUUGUUUAUACAUUUGUAUUUUUCAUUCGUAUAUGAUAGUCAUGUAUUUUAGAACAUACAAAACAUGUGUUCCAACUGUGAAUUGAUGUACAUAUACGUAUUUUGUGCUGUCUGCCAUUUUUGACGCAGACAUGUACAGAGUUAGGUAUAAAGGUUUUUCACAUGCCAAAAAAAUGACAGUUUACAUUAAACAAACUUGCACUGUCCUUUGUUUCGGAGUUUGUUCAGCUUUCUUGUUUUUUGAAGGAGAUUUCAAUUAUUUGAAUAGCUUUUGAAAAAUAUAUAUAUUUUUGGAAUGUGAUAAUCUUAGCUUGGCAUAUGCAAAUGAAAAAACAAACAAUUUUCAGAAUAAAAUGCGACUUGAAACAUUUUUUUGGGGAGGGGCGAAGAAAAUAAAGUUACUAUGGUUCGAUAAAAUAUUUUGAUGGGAUUCGAUUGAUUUUUUAACAACAAUACAUGUUAUAAUUGUUAAGUCUUACGAUCAAGAAGUGCAUUUAUUUACAUGGGUCGAUGAAAUCUUAUCUUUAAUUAAGUAAAUAGGAAAAUUGUUUACAUAAAGUUUGUGUUGCGAUCAUAAACAAAGCCCUAAGAAGUGUUUUCUACACCUGAAUUAAUUCCACAAGCAUGAGGGAAAUGGAAUUAAUGGUUUUUCUGUUUCUUUAAUUAAGAGAUCAUUGUUUUUCAGACGUUACCCGUGUGAAAGAAAAAUCAUGUGUUAAUUCUCAUAUCUACAUACGUAAUUUGUACAAGAAGUAUCUUACUUGUAUAUAUUAAAUGACCAUGUUGUCAUAUUUUGUAUGUACUACAAUUAUGUGGCAGAAAUAAAUGCUACAUGGUUUACAUAAAAAUUAAAAAAAAAAAGUGUA